GACGUGGUUUGAAAAUGUCAGGGAAUCUGUGUCCCGACUGAGCGGUCACAGCUAUACUUCACCUCACUUUACCUGUGUGCAUGUGUAGACCAGUUUGUGUUUGGGAGGGAGUCCAGCGAAUGACAUUAUUUGUUGGAAGUGUUAAUGGUUUAUUCCGAGGGCAGCCGCUGCCCUUUUGAAUAGACGGAGGAAGGCGGGCAUGCUGCCUCUGGGUCGCGUUCAGACAAAUAAACAAAGGUGGCCAAAGCCACAUGUGCGACUGCCAACCUGCCUGCCAGCGGGCGGGCAGUCCCUCAGUGGGGGCGACCCUGGCAACCAUUAUUCAGGCGGACUCUGGCUCGGAGCCAGAACUGAAGUUUAGAGGUAUUUUCACAUGUCUGGCAUCGUGUGAGAGCGUGCUUAGACAUCGGCGUGCAUGUGCUUGUCUAGACGCUGUGACCACACUGAAGAAAGAACACAGGCUGACUCAUGUCACUGUGAGGUGUUCACCAAUCAAAGGGCAAAGAGGGCAAGGACAAAGGAGCACGUGUCUUAAGUUGACUGCUCACCAUCAGACGGGCAGAGAGACGUCCAAGGAAAACGGGCCACAGAUCGCCGACUUACAUCAGCUCCACCGCAUGCCGUCAUCUCCACCAACCCUGGGCUAAACCAACUCAAGCUGACUGAUUAAGAGCCUCCAUCAUCCCUUCCCGUCACUGGAAACAAGUGGAGUAAAAGAACGCGGGGUCAGCUAAAGACAGCUUCAUCUGUCUUCCUGAUUGAUACAGAGAGGAAGGGAGGGGAGGCUUAGCCCUCCUCGCUCUUCCUUCCCACACAGAGGCCAAAAGAAAACACUUGUAUGCAGACUCCAUCUAUUAAGUAAGCCGACACUCUCGCAAAGAUCCGAGGGCGUUAUUGGCUACGGUUCGAACCUCGCGUUUCUGUUUCUCGCUCAAGGUUCGUCUCUUAUGUACCGGUGUUUGUCUUGCUUAGAGAGACUCAAGGUUGCUCUUGGUCCUUGGUGACAACAAGCAGAUGAGGCCUGUGUGUGUGUGUUUGUGUAAAAAGAAAGAACCGGACAGGGAGUAUUCAGUGGUAAGUUUGUUGUCUUAAGUCUUAAUCAGAGUCUUCAAACAGACCAUAUUUCUCAAUAUUUCACCUCAUGCUUUUGCACAAUUUCCCCGAGAUGUGAAUCACAGGGGUGUUUCGUUACUUAUCUUGAGAAACUUGACCAAUAACUUGGGAAUAUUAGGCGUUCCUGGCUGUUGUGAGAGCCUGGGCUGGAGGAGCAGAGCUGAAGAGCAGAGAGAUUACGUCAUCUUUCACUAAUAUGAACCUUCUUGUUUUCUGUCUCUAAAUAUGGCAUGAGAACAGAGCCAGAGACAGAACGCUUGGCCAGCUAACGCUGUUUUAGCUGAUGUGAUUCAACAGCACAUGUAUACACACACACAUACAUACAUACACGAGCACAUAUCUCGCUCUCAUGUGGUCAGUAAUCAAGGUCCUACUUUCUGGCUGCCUCUUGUCCUUUUGUCUGCCAGGCUGACAGUGAUUGCUGCUGUAAAUGUGCUAAGAGUGAGACUAUGAGAUGACAUAAGCCUCACGCAAAGUAAUGCCAGGUGCAGGCCUAUCCGUUUCACUAACACUAACUUAUGACAAGAGGCCUUCUGAUUUUGGAUUAGCCCAUAAACGAAGCCACACAAUGACCACUUGUACUGCUGAGACACAAUGCAUGACCCCGUUUAACCUUUUCUUUGAUAGGAAGCGUAGUUCUGCUUGUCCUCAUGUCGAGCUGCCGUCUCCAAUCAUUUCUUAUUCUCCAGUUCGAUCUCAAAUGUCUUCGUGGAAUCGAGGUCAUCCGGAGAAACACAACUCAACCAACAUGCGAGACAAGAGAGAGAGGUGGGAGGCCAGCAGGACAAGACAAGACCUGUCCCGCGAUGACUUGUUGUUUCUGCUCAGUAUUCUGGAGGGAGAGCUUCAGGCCAGAGAUGAGGUGAUCGCUGUGCUGAAGUCAGAGAGGACAGACUCGGCUCUACUUGGGGCCCAAUAUGGAUUCAGCGGACCAGAGAAGCCGCUCCGUGCCCUGCAGAGAGACUCCCUCCGGGCCCAGCAGUACCAGCUGCAGGAUGUGUACAAAAACCCAACUGCUCAGCUAAACCACAUGGUGAAGGCCCAGAAGCGCUCAUCCGAGCGGAUGCUGGAGCAGCUCCUGGAGGUGUCCCGCUCUCACAGUGGUGCCCUACGAAGGCUGGAGGAGCAGGAGAGGAACCACAGGGCGUUUAUCCAUAAGAGCAACUGCCUUACCGCUCUACUGGAGCAGGACAGAGAGAGACUCAAGCUCCUGACUGUGAAGGAGAGAGAGUACCAGGAGAUAAAGGAGAAGAAAAGCCAAACAGAAGUAUCGGCUCUGAAGGACGAGCUGACCCAGCUGAAGGCUUUCGCGCUGCUGGUCGUGACGGAGCAACAGCGUCUGAGCGAGCUGCUGGAGGAGCAGAGGCGUCGCGUCCGAGAGCUGACCGCCAUCACCGACCACAUCGAGCGGGAGGCCGGCGCUGCAAAGACGACAACGCUUGAGGUUGAGCACUGUAAACAAGUUUCCGUCUUCAAUCGAGGCAUGAUGACGGCUCCGCCGAGCCUGCUGUCGGAGGUGGAGAUGCUGAGGAGGAGGGUUGUGGAAAUGGAGGGAAAGGACGAGGAGCUGCUACGCAUGUGGGACCAGUGUCGAGACCUUGACCGCAGACUAGCGAGGGAGACCAGCCACUGCCGCAGCUUGAGAGUCGAGGUGGAUAAACUCAAUGGCAGGAUCAGUGAGCUGGACAGGAUAGAGGAGGCUUUAGGUAAGAGCAAGCAGGACUGCGGUAUUCUGAAAGGCAGCUUGGAGCGAGAGAGAGAGGUUAGCAGGAUGCUGUCUGCUGAGCUUGACACUCUGAAAGUUAGGGUGAGAGAGCUAGAGGCCAUUGAAGGCCAGCUGGAGAAGAGCGAAGCGGUGAUUAGACAGGACCUCGCCAAGCUCAGGUCACUGACUGUAGCUUUGGUGGAGGACAGAAAGACCAUGGCCGAGAGGCUCCGGCAGGCUGAGGAAAAACUCAACAGGAAGGAGGGCAGGAGAAGUGAGCAGAGCAAUUUGGCACCGAUGACAGAAAGACGAGGGGAUGAGAAGCAGCAGACACUGAGGUCUAAGGCAGAUUUAGAGGAAAGGAUUAAGGUCAUAGCGAAGGAAAAAGAUGAGCUCCAAGACAGACUGCAAACAGAGGAGGAGAGGAACAGAGAGCUACAGAGUAAAAUCACCACAAUGAAGAGAAGGUUACAGGUCUUGGAAAACAGGAAAGAAAAGGGGGAGAAGUACGGACACAGCUCGAUCAACCCGAACAACCCAAACCAUCAGUGCCAAACAGAAGACAACAAAGUCAAAGAGUUGGCUCAGGAGCUGGACAGGCUGCGGAAGAGACUACAGGACAAGGAGAUGGUGGAGGGAGAGCUGAUGAAGGUAGAAGAGGAGUUUGAGUCUCUGCAAAAGAGGUUCAGAGAUGAACAGAGGAGGUCGCAGGCUCUGACGGAGGAACUCGAGAUGGCAAAGAGGGAGCUUUCCAGGUACGACCAGGCGGAGAAGCAGGAGGUCAACCAGGAGCACCUUCUCCUCUGCCGUCUUCAGAAGGAGCAGGUCAAGUCCAGGCUGCUCGGCAGAGAGGUAGAAACCUUGAAGGAGAAACUCCAGAAGCUGAUGGGAACCGAGGAGUCCAUCUGCAGAGUUCAGACGGAUCACUCCACUCUGCAGAGGAAACUGAUCCAGCAGGAAGCCAGGAACAGAGAGCUGGCCAGAGAGAUGAAGGAACUCAACAGUGAGCUGGACAGGUACAGACGGAUAAAAAACCUCACGCCUGGAGCGAGUAGACACUUUUCAGACCUUCAUCAGACCAGCAAGGAGGUCCAGACUGAGGAGAAAGGUAGCCUGCCUCCUGACUACAGCAUGCACGCUGAGAAACUGGACAAAGAAUACGAGGAUGAAGACCCAAACCACAACGCGGAGGUCAUGAACAGGAGUAGCUCCCUCGUAAACAACCUUAACAGCUUGAACAGUGCAAAUAACAACAUCAGCCAGUACAGCAGCCAUUCGCCCAACAGCAUAGACAUGCAUCAAACGGUUAACGGAGAGGUGAUGAUGCUAACGCACACACCGGGGCAGCCCCUGCACAUCAAGGUGACACCACACCAUAUACUCAACACGGCCACGCUCGAGAUUAGCAGCCCCACUGGAGACUCGGCUUCAUCCUACACCAGCACGGCUGUCAUUCCGACGAGCGGCGCCUCGCCCAAACAGAGAAUAACCAUCAUCCAGAACUCCACUCCAUCUGCAGUCAACACUAAAACACCCCCUUCGAGCCCCGACCGCACCAUCUCCCCACUUAACGGGACGGCGGUCCCUCGCGUAUUGAGUACCAAUUCAUCGCGCUCCGUGACGCCCGACCACAACAGCUCCCCCAUUCAGAUUGUAACGGUCAGGACGUGUUCUCCGGAGCCGUCGGAGGUCACCGGUCAGGCCGUUUUCUGCAAGACGCCGGAGCGGCAGAACAGCUGGAAGUCCAACAGCAGUGGCGACACGAGCCCCAGUAUUAUCACCACAGAGGAUAACAAGAUCCACAUCCAUCUGGGGAGCCCGUACAUCCAGCCUCUUAAUGGUAUGACCCACGGUACCCCACAGCCUGUCGGACCGUACUACCUCCGACAUGAACAAAGGACUCAAGUGCUCGCCAAUGGCUGUCACGUCAAAGGCGUUGGCAAGAUUACAAGUAGCAUCACUAUUUCCCCUGCUACCUCUUCAGCUUCACAUUCCUCAAACAUUACAGUAAGUGGACUUUGUGAUUAGGUGAGCGUACAUUACGGACUAGACAACGAAAGCGCUGCGCUUCAUCUGACGAGAAAACAGUUUGUUGUAUUUUGUAGCAAUCAUUAAAUAAAUGCUUUGUGAUAUUUCUGUACAGCGUGCUCGUAGUUAGUCUAUCACAGACUUACUGACUUUAACAACCCUUUACUGCAGCGGUCCCCAACCUUUUUGCGGCAUCGACUUAGAGUAAGACGAUCUGUUCACGAACUGGCCUUCAAGGUGUGGGGGAUAAAAUGAUACGACCGGCAUAGAAACUAAUAUAAAGUGCAUAAAAAAUACAACUCACCAUUACGCUGAACUAGUGGGAGCCCUGAGCUUGUUUUCUGCCACGAGCCGGUCAAAUUGAGGGAUGAUGAUGGCUGAACUCUGCCGAUGGAUCUUCUUGUUCUGUCUCCUCAUUGGGCCUUUUACUCUUUACAAACAAGUUCUCCAAAGACGUUUGUUUGUUUUUUUACUAAUUUUUGCAUUUGGGCUUAAUUUUGGGGGGGACUUCUGGUCAUUUUUCAAAAUAAAACAUCUCUGAUAAUCAAUAAAAGUAUUUCUUUACUCAUUCUUUCUGUGCGGGCCCGGAAGCAAAUGACCCAUGGAACCAGCACCAGUCCACGGCCCGGUGGUUGGGGCCCGCUGCUUUAUCUUAACAUCUGACAUGUGUGAUCUGAAGUUAGACGUCAUCCCCAACCCCCAAAUGUGUGAUGUGCUUUGUAUUGAUUUUCUGUUUCAUGAAUGUUUCUGUUCAUUAAAAAAGUGUUGUGUUGUUUUUAAUUCA